AUGAGCGUGAAACUACAUAAUAUGAUGAGAAACUUAAGCAGCAUGCUCCUAGAAGGCGUAUUUACGGGAACGAAAUCGAAACUGGGAAUGGCUCAGUAUACAGGCACAAGGAAAGAGUCACGUCAGCCCACACCAGGGAUCGAAGGUGCAACUCAAUGCCGACCCCGAUUUGAAGUAAAAUCAGUUCUAGUGAGUCGGACAAAAUCACGCCAAUGCGUGGCUGUAAGUGCAGCGAUAAACAAUUCAUCAGCAAGUCGUUCGAUUGCCCCACAGAAGGCCGGGGCCCCACAGAUCACUGAAGAUCCAACCCAUUCUCUCGUCAGCCCCUCGGGGGAGAUGGGGGCCCCCAGUAGUUCCAGCUUGUCGAGGGAUAAUGAGGGACCUUCGCCUCCGCGAAGCGUUACCCCUGUGUCAUCGUCUAGAGAGCAGAAGUCUGGCUCCGCAGGUAAUGAUCUGCGUAAGACUGUGAGAGCCCCAAGUAGCGAGAAAGACUCUCCCGUCUCUGCCUUUGCUACCUCAGCUGAACCCCGUAGCGGCGGGGGCAGCAAGGUACGAGAUGCAUCAAGUGGAAAGUAUGUGUUCCAAACCUUUCGCCAACAGCUGCAGGUGCAGCUACAACAGGGACAGUCAGGACCUCAAAACCUGACUACCCUGGAUGUUAUAGAUCUUUCCACAACCGCAAAACGACGGACAUGGAAACGACUGAGGGAAGGAGCAGAUGAACAUGAAGUCGAGCAGCAUCGUAAACGCAUUGAGCAAGAAGAGAGCGAUUUCUCGCGCCUUGUGGAACACAUUUUGCAAGGUGUUGAGGCCCGAGGCCCUGCUCAUCACUUGCUAGUGCAGCUAAAAGACAUUGCCACGUCGCUGCCACUGUUAAUUCUCCAGCAGAAAGAGGUCAUGCAGAUUUUGCUGGACCAUCUAAGAAGUCAGGACACCUAUAGUGUUGUGUUACAGCUGCUACCAGCACUUGCGAAGGACUUGCGUCAGGAAUUCCUCGUGUACCUGGAGGUUUGCGUAGGGGCGCUGCAUCUCCUCAUCUUCGACUUGGAAGACCAAAACGAUGCCGAAGGAGUUCAGCAGCUCUUUCAGUGCCUCACGCAGAUACUAAGGUAUCUGCACAAAUACCUAAUUGCCAAUAUGGAGGACUUCUUGGAGAUCAUGGUGCCACUUUUAUUGCACAGCCCUCCACCCGGGACAACACAGAAACGCAAAAGGCCAAUUACAAAUAAAGGGAAGCACCCUCAGCAACACCAGCAGCCAACUGACUCUGCUUCAGGAAACAAGAAACAGGACGAACGACAGCGCCCGCGCAAACGCAGGAUAAAGGCAGCGCGACUGAGAAAUGCCUGCCCACGGAAAAACUCCUGCUACGAGCAGCAACGUGAGCCGACCGAUGUCAAAGUCUCAGCGAGCUCUCUGUUGGCCGCUCAAGUUGUUGCGACGGUACUUCGCAGGGCAGCAAGAGAUGAAGAAUCCUUCUAUGACUGUGUCGCCUCCAUUACUAACUACUUUCCAGUGGUGCCCUCUCAGUGGCUCCCGGUUUUUUCUGUCGCCGCCUCACGCAUUUUCUUUGAAUGUAUUCGGGGAUCGGACACGGCAUUCACAAAUAAUUUCGAGGGGCUUUCAUGCUUUCUGGUUGCUAAUAUUCUUUUACGAGAGCGCUUCACUCUUCCGGUUUCUGGGGCAACGUACGAGCCCCCGAAGUUGGAGAUUCCUUCCUCCCUAGAUCAAAACAGUUGCCGUGCUGGCAGCAAAUCUAGCAGCUCUUGCACUUUGCGUGCCAAUAGUGACUCCAGCAACGGCAGCCUCACCUGCUCCAAGGCCUGCGGCAGGCAGGUGUAUAUGGCGCAUGUUGAAUGCGUUCGGAGGUACCUCCAUGAAGCACGACUACACGCAUCAUCAACGGAGAGCCCGGCAGCAUUGGCUCUACAGAGAGUAACACUUCGCCUGUUUGCCGCAGCAACGCAUGCUGCGCUGAACGAUCCGAUGCUUUUGAAGAGAGGCCAGCAGCAUACUCAGGGUGAAGAGGGGAGGACGCAGCACGCUAACGAGAAAGAAUUGCAAUGCCUGUUUUUGUCUUCAUUCUCACCGUUUUUCACCUUUUACCCGCUACUCCCACUGACGUCGUUUCGGUACUUCUUGGGUAGCGAUCAGCCGUUUACGUGCAAAUCAACAGAAGACAUGCCUUGCAGCCGUUGCUGUCUCCCCCCUCCUCCCCUGGUGGGCUCCUGCGCUAUGGCUGAUGCUGCUGCCUCCUGGUUCGCACCUGCGCAGAGAAGUUCAGGUAGCUUUGAUGAUUACAUUCAAAGAUUGAUUAGUACUCUUCUGCCAUUUUGUGUGGCUCCGUCUAGAGGCCACGAAGUCACGAAGGUACCGCCUGCAGCCGUCCAUGUAAAAGACGCAGUGCAGCAGCAGUCGCCGGCGAUUCCACCAGUGCUGCAGCCGCUCCUGUGGGACUUCUCAAAUGUGAACUGGACAGCGGCCGCGGCAGUCGCUGUUAUUGUUCCAUGCUGCUUGUUGCGACUAAUUGUCUUUGCAUGGAGAGCUGUCGCUGUCAGCUACACCAAAGCAGUUUCUGUAGAAGGCAACCCGCUGCAGCACCUAAUGCAUGCCUUGUUAGCUGUGCAGAGCUAUCAUCAGCAACUAUUGCGGAAGGUUGAGUCGAAUGAAGUGGAGAUGGCAUGGCGAAGGUAUUUUUUGCUUGAGCGAGUGUUGGAGGUAUUUCUCUGCAGUUUGCGAACACUGCUUCUUGCGCCUAGCCCGGUUGCUGGGUUUUCAUCUCUGUGCCUGCGCCAGGCAGUCGAAUUUGUUGCAAGUCAGCCAAUGGCAUUACCGGAUAGUUCAUUUCGGGAAAGUGAGAGUUUUCGCUGGGUAGUGUCGCGGAAUUCUCCGGCGCAGAAAAUGCACAGGCAGCUCGUGCUUGGCAAUAUCUCCUCCUGGAGAUGGGCAGCAUACAGUGACUUACUAGCGAUUCUGUUGAAGACCUAUGGAAGGGAUGGUAUAUUAGUGGGAACCAGCAACACUGCCUCCUUCAUUCGACUCUUACUACCGCUUUACCUGGAGAGCUGCCUGAGGGGAACUUGUACAGAAUUGCACCGUGUGGAGAAAUCAUUGAGACAUUGCCUUGAUACUGCUCGAGAUGAAAUGGAGAAGGCUGGGGCUUUCGCUGAGCUGGAAGUGGGAUUGGCUAGUGCGCUUAUGAGCCUUCAGUGGUUGUGGGCGCUACGAAAAGUCAUUUUCGGUAAACAGGGUUUCGAGGUGAUGGAGCCUACAGUGCGCAUAAAGCUAACAAGUGAAGCACAAGCUGCCGCAGUGCAACUUCAGCACCAACAGCAGAGGCUCCUGUGUCUGCUGGUUGAGGCCAUCCACGGUGGACAAGAAAUGAACAAGCCUCGCAAUGGUCUGCUUCUUUUAUUCAGCCGCAGUUUCCUUACCUUCCUGGCGCUGCCGCAGCUCGUGAAAUGCGGAGAUGGUAACGACCACCUCAGUUGCCCGAGCCCUCCAGAUUGCUUGAUAGAGAUAUGCUCAGAGCGCCUCAGCAAGGCAGCUGCUGUAUGCAGUACCAGCACCUGUGAGUGCAUCGGCAUGGCCUGCGGCUGUAUUGGUCCCAAAGGCUCUUCAUUCCAAACAUCGCUGUCUGCAGCAGAAUUUGAAGGAGCGCGCCGAUACCUUUUGUUUCAAGACUUAGGCUUUGCUUUGGGGACGGAGGCGUCAGUGUGCCAAACUGCCAUGUGUGAUCGGAGUCCUGAAGAGCGCUGGGUAGAAUGCGUACUUGCUUUUAUGUUGUCUUCGCACAUCGCCUCGGCAUCCACUUCUCGCUGCUCUAAGAGGGGUCCUGUUCAAGAUUCUGCGGCUCAAGCAAGCCCCGCGUUUGUCAAGAGCCUUUGCUUGGCCUUAAGGCUAAUUAACAGUAGCAUUUCUUCCAAUAUAAAAGGCGCUCAACAGCACAAGAGCCGUUUGCACAAGAACUGUUUGCAGGAUUUGUGUCUAAUGGCGAUCAAGGUAUUGCUACCGAACCUCUCAUCUGGGUCACGUCGCCUUCGUCUGUGGUCGUUGCGCUUCAUUUGUAGCUGCGACACAACUCUACUUUUGUCAUGCGGAAGACAGAAAGCAUUUGCGUCAACCAGUUGCCCAAUACCUUCCGUUGUAUUUGCUUCCGAGAAAACGAACCUGCUCAUAAUCAGCCUCUUACGGAAGUUGGAGCUCCUGGAAAAGCUUCAAGUGGACAUAGAGACGGAACGUCAGAAGAUCCAGUUGAUCCACUCCUCUGCAAAGGAGAUUUGUCUGAUUCAGGAAACCCUAGCUGCGGAGGAGACAAAGGUGGCUACAGACGGACGUCCGGAUUGUAGUGGCUUGGUGCUCUUGCUCCAGGUGGCGUACCGCGUGCUGCUAGCAGGGCUAUCGGUCAAGUUCGCAACUGUGUGGCCGGAGGUUGUGGAAGCUGUGACUAGUUGCAUCGAGGCUUUCCAUGACUUUACUGCUCCCGGAUGUGCUAAAAGAUACGAUGGAUAUUUAGGGGGAUCAUCCCGUGACGCGAAAGUCCAAAGUACUCUCUGCCCUGAGCAGCAACAGCGGAAUGAAGCUUUGACUUUUUUGUGGAGGCUCGUCGUGUUGGAGACGCAUAGAGCUCUCGAGCAGCUGAACGGUGCGCAGAAAGAGGAAUGCCGCUUCUGUCCGAUGCUUGCAGAGCCGUACAACUCAGCGAAUUCUAGUUGCAGCACCUGCGAAGAAUGUGUGAAGACAGCCUGGGGGAAAGCCAGUGAAAAAGAAAUCGUCAGUGAGGAAACGGCACCCCUAGAAAGGCAUUCGCACUUGCUGAGGAUUUUGCAGCACUUUGGCGCUCGUUGGGGUGCUAGUGCAUUUACACGGACAAAAAAGCAGCAGCAGGAGCAUGCCGCUACGGAUGAGGAUAUGCUGCAGGAAACAAAUAAAUCACGGGAAAUUAGUGCUCUUACCGCAGCAGCAUGGAGACGCAACUUCGCCCUGAAUUCCCUCCGUUUCCUCCUUAUCUACGGGCAGCAGCUUUCUGCCCAGCUUACUUCUUCAUCUACAGGCUUCGUGGAUGUAGAGGACGUUGAUGGUGAGGGCGGGGCAGUUGCUUGCGGCGGGCUUCAAGAGGCCAAAGCUCCUGUAGGCACGAAUGAGAUUUGCAGUGCUCGCUCCUACAAACAAGGGUAUUGGGGGCAGUGCAGUUGCAUCUCGCUGCGUUCCACAGCUAGCUUAGUCCCCCGAGCACAGGAUGUGCUUCGAGCCAUUUUGGCUCAUGGGGAGAUACACGCCCCGGGUGUUGGUCAACGCUUGCUUGGCGCUCCCUAUGAAGACCAUUUGGAGAAGAACGACAGGGCCAAGGAGGUCAAAGAGCUUUGGUAUCAAUUUUUAGAGAGCUGCACCCAGCGCCUCGUCGGUGUGAAAGACUCUUCCUUGCAAGCUCUUGUCCUUCAGACAUUGAUGCUCUGUAGAGAGCUCCAGCAGGUGGUAAGGCCAUAUUUUCCAGUGCUAGAAGAGGCCCUGAAAACUAAGGGAGGAGCCCCGUCGGGCCUAUUGCGGCUUGUCCUAGGAAAGGCAGAGGCGGAGCAUCACCUGUUGCAACCUUCCGCAGAAACCAAAGAAAAUGUCGUGCUACUUAACGAGCACCGUAGUUUUAUGCUUCCACUAAUCGUUCGCUUACUUAUCAGCAAGAUACAAACGAGAAUGGGAAGGUCCCCAGGAAUUGUACUGGCAAAUCGACGCAGGAUUUUUGGCUUGCUUAGCAGUCUUGAAGAAUCAGAAAUAACAAUGGUUCUGGCAGUCCUGACUUUGCGGCUGGUACAGCUUACGCCACGCGUCGCGCCGGCCCCUUCGGACGAGCUAGCUCAAGACUCGCAGACUGUGGCGCCUUUGGAGGGCAUGGAGAAAGAACGCUUUCUAGCGGCUUUUAUCCGCUGGCAGUACCAAAAAGCUGUUUUGUGUCGAGGAGAUGCAUCCCGUGCGGCUGCUGAGAACGACAGCAUCUCGAAGGAGCCUCCAGUGCACAUAACGCUCUCAGGCCAACUUUUUCGGUCUUCCUCUUCUACCCAGUUACAUGGGUUGCUGAAGUCCUUGCAGCACCUUGUACAGAUGCAGCAACAUACGUUGAGACCGGCAGCACCGUUCUUGGUAUUUCUCUUUGCAACAAUUUUGCAGCAGCUUGUCCCCACAAAAUUGGGGGAGUGCCUUACAUCCGAAGAGCUACAUGAGGUAGCAGGGCAAGACGCUGCUGAUUCUGGCACCGACGAAGAACAGGAUACAGAAAUUCUCUCAAAAGCAAUCAGGCAAAAGACUGAAAAAGUUGUGCAGAACGUUGCAUCAGAUUCGGAGGACGAUCAGGAGGAUCUGACAGCUGCAGUAAAUGUGCGCCACAGGAAACAUUGCAUCAGAAUAGCGAUUGAUUCAUUGCAUUGGCUGAUAUCGUCCUUUUCAGACUUCAUCGACUCUUGGAAAGUACUGUUGGCUCCCGCAGCCCCCAGCUUGCAGCUUCUGCUCUCUACUGCGGUCGAAACAGGAGCAGCUGGCCAUUUGGGGGAACCCAAGAGGAGUGGGAGUUGUCCUGCUAUAGUGCGAUUUGUCGCUUCUUGGGCAACGAAUGCAGAUUUCUUCAUUUUGUACGAGGAGGUACUUCCAAAUGCUCUACCGGUUCUUUUAGGGGCCAUAGGUUCUGGAUCUUUGCUGAAGUUUUUGCAGCGUAGCAGGCAAAGUACAACUCCUUUGCUGGAAGCUGCUAUUGAGACAGCUUUGCUUCUCUCAUUUGGAGGUCGCACGAAAGAGCAGCAUGAAGAGGAGCUGCGGCUUUCUCUGCGGCAGAUUAACGCCAUGAAGCACGUGAACCAGAGGAGACGCCACCGCAACAGCUACGAAUCUUCUUCGUCCGACGAAAGUGACGGAGAUGAACAGGAAUCAAAACACGAAUUUGUAGACAAUGACAAAGCUAUAUCUCUCAAGAGAUUCGAAGAGGCCUACGAGACCAUGAAGCGACAGCACGAGCUCCAGCAGCAACGGGGCAUUCAAAUACUGCUGCCACACAUGGGCAUUUUGUUGCACUCAAUGGAGCUGCUACUUAACGCGCGACGAGAUGCAGGCAUUCUGACAAAAAGUGGAGAUGCACACUCAGCAACUCUGGCAGAUCGUGCUUCUGAGGGUGGAAAGGCAGCGGAUGCCAAUGACAGUGCUCAGGCGUUCCUGCAUCGUAGAAAAAGAGCGCAGCUUGUGGGUUUCAAGGAGCUGCAGCUGCUGACCCGUCUUGCAGCAUAUGCUUGUGCAGAUAAGGACUCUUUCAAGGAACUACCAAAAGCCCAGAACGAGCUCGCUCAUCAUUCUGAGACGGGUUCUAUCCCAACGGCAGCAAAACUGAUUCGUCUGUUGCUUCUCUCCUUGCCUUUGCGAGUGCGUUCUGGUGGGGCAGCAGCACGCCAGCAGCUGACGCUUGUUGCAAUACAGGGACUAUUGCCUGCAUUGGCUAGUUGGCGGCGGACGCUGGGAUCUAGCAAUGACUCAUAUGAAAGGUCUUCUGAAAUGCGCAGGCUCCUUCGUGGGCUGUAUGCGUCGUGUUGCAGUCUUCUAGAGGCUGCAGAAGAUUUGCAGUGCCGCGCUGAGGCCUCCAAGCUUUUGCUGGCGACCGAGCUCGCUGCAUGCGGCUGCGUGCUGAAGGAGCAAUUCCUCUCGGAGCAGGUUCGAGGAUUUGCACUGAAGGAAAUCAGUGCUUGCUGGGAUGCAGAGGGGACAGGCAAUCUUGAGGCUUCACCGGUUUCCUGGCUAGCACCGGGAGGGCCUCUGAAUAAAUGCCUUUUGGAUAAUGCUCUGCCAUCUCUUCUCGUAGACAGAAUUGAGCCUGCUUCUGCUAUUUUAGCGGGGAGCAGCGAACUCGCAGCAGCAUGGCGAAUUUGUGUGGGGCUUGUGAUGGUGUGCGCAAACUUUUUGAAAACGGGAAGCCGUAGCCCUCCAGAAGAGCAGCGACCCGACGUCGACAUGCAGGUUUCGGUGCUCUUGGCAUUGGUAGAGAAUCACCUCGAUCCCCCUGCCCUCGCACAAGGCACCAAGGACAGUGCAGCGGAGACUCAGACGAGCGACUCACAGGCUCAUGUACAAAUAGCUGGUGGUGAAGAAAAGGGGAACAUAAGGAAGCUUUCAGAAGAUGCUGUGAAACAAAAUGAGGCAAGAAUAACACGGCGAGAAAAGUGUCUGCAGGAAGACAAUGGCAUAGGAAGGGGGCAGGCAAGGGGAGGCCAAGCGUGUGAUGUGGGGCGACUGAACCUUCACGCAUCUGCAUUCGAGCCGGUGGUUCGCCACGUACUGUAUCUUCUUUCAGAGUGCUCGGACGACAUUACGCUACAGCACGUUGCGCUUGCUAUCAUCCGAAAGGCUGCGGUUUCCCUUGGCGCAGCUGCGUCUGCAGCAGCGACGCGGCGAACUGUCGUUCAAUUUUCAGGGUCUCAGCACCAAAAUGAGGCACAAGGGGCUGCGGAGUCUGAUUGGGCAUUUGCCGUUGAGAUGCAGCGGCACAUUAUGAAGUCCAUCAUUCCUCAUCUUCACCGGCUUUUACGUAGUAUGAAGGAACAGUGUCAACAGAUGGCCCUGAGGGCAUUUGAUGCACUUGUGAGGACGCUGGGGCCGGCAGGUCCCUUGCUGCCCCCUCCUCAGGCUGCUGUAGCAGAUGAUGACGAGUCGAUAUCUGCAUUGUUUAUUUCAGAGUCAGACGAGAAACAAAGAAAUAUGCGACUGCAUCUAGACUUGUACCCACUACUCGCAGCAACCCAGCUUACUCCUGCCAUCAAGGAAGUGGCCGCACUCGCGCAGCAGCUGGUAGCCAGCGGACAGACGGGUAGAGCUGCGACUGCUGCCGCCAGGGCUGCUCAACUUGAGGCUCUUGCAGGGGAGCAACAAGCUUCAGAGCGCGAAGGCGGUGGAGACAUUUUGGUGGAUUUGUUGCACAUGCAAAAGCACAGGAGGGCCAGAGGGAUACAGCUCCUCACCAAGGCUGCAUCGGCUGGGAAACUAUGUCCUAAUACAUUGAAGCACUUUUGCGUGCCCCUUGCCAUAUGGGCAAUAUUGCAAGACAGUGAUGCUGGAGGCCAGGUGGGAAAGCAAAAAGGCUCGAAGGCAUCGUCUCAACACUUCAAAGGCCGCACCGAGGCGUUUAGCCAGCAGAUGGCCGACCAUGGAGUGGCUUGUCUGGCAAAGUGUUGUACUCAACUGCCUCUGAAAAUUUGCAUACAAACAUUGAGGCAACUUGUCACACACCUAGGGAAGACGCCUCAGCGCGAGGCAUUUAUACAUCGCGCGAUUGCAGCUACCCUCAAGGCGUUUCCUUUUGGCCUUACCGACGCAGUACAUCAGACACUAGCGCAACCUCGAAUCACAGAUGAACAGAGACAGGGAAAUACAAACAAGUGUCUCGCAAGUGUCUGUGGAUCAAAAGAAAUGGAAGCUUUGGUUCAAGAUACAAAGCAAAUCCAGCAGCCGGAAGCAGAUGUACCGAGUGGGACGGGACGAAAGGAAGUGGGAAGUAGCGAAGAUACAGUUGACGAUGGCAGCACGUUGGAUCAGAUCAACGCAUCCUCGAUGACUGCCCAAAUGAGGAAGGAAAAGGUGGAAAGCUGCAUCCGGCAAGAGCUGCUCCCAAUGCUUUAUCCCCUUGCCUUUGGCAGCAAAGUCAGGCGAGUGGCUGCAAAGCAGGAAUCUACUGAUGAGCCGGGGAAAGUGCUCGAGGGCAAGGAGAGCAAGAAGUACGAAAAUCCAGUGGUGCGUACAGAGCUUGUUGCCGUUCUCGCCCUCCUUGCGCGGAUGCUACCGCCAACCGAAUUUCACUUGCAGCUACCACGACUUGUUCGUACAAUUACCUUCGCUCUACGGUCACGGGAACGUAGUGCUCGCCGGGAGGCUCGCAUGGCUUUGACUCGUCUAGCAGUCGAUCUAGGGGCUCCCUACUUCACAUACCUUGUGACGGAGAUACAGAGAAUGCUGGGUCCUAAAAGCGAGAGAAGCGCAGAGGCAGAUCAACAGAGCUUUCUACGGCCUGUAUUGCUGUAUACACUUCAUGCAAUGCUUAGCGCCUUGCAACAGCAGCAGCCUACACUGUCAGGCACUCCUGUGCUGCAAGCAGCAGCGGAAGCAGCCACCAUUGACGGAACGCGAUUCGUCCAGCCCUUCGAGGCCGCAGUCCCACUUUUGCUGCCUCUCAUUGCAGAAGAGGUGAACCGCGUGGCAGAUCCUGACCGCCUUGAUCAAGAAGAAGGCCGCCGUGCAUUCGCCAGGCAAGUUGAUGAAGAUGACGUCGGCGGCCUUUCCGCAUCUUCUAUUGCGAAAAUUAGUGACGUUAGCACACACGCUAAAGUAGAAGAGGCCCAGACGCUUAAAGGGCCUGCCAUGUUGCUACUGCUAACACAGAGCAGCAGCAUCAAGUGCCUUACAGACCAGCUGCUUCCCUUCGUGCUGGGUCUACUCACCGGAGUCUCUUGCAAACGUGAAGGAUGGAGUCGUUCAGCGGCUUUUUCCAGCAAAUAUGUUAAUCGGACUGAGGACUUGCUGCUGCAUUUCGUAUAUGGCUUAAGCCGUAACAAGGAGAUAUCUUUAGAGCGAAAGCUGCGGACAGCCAAGCAGCUCCUCAUCCUCACGGUGGCCACUCUGCAGUUUCCGCUGCUGCAUCCUAUUUUACAGAGCGAGCGUGGACUCGGCGAGUCGCUCUAUCUGCUCUCAAGGCAGCAACUGUUGCUGCUUAAUCGUAAAGGGCAUGCAAAGAGGCGCAAAGGAAACAACAGCGCCAAGGAGUCGCAGGCUUGUGUGGAGACACCCACAGCACCCAUGCAGUGCGAGUCUCAAGACGGUGGGCAGCAGAUGCCGCUAACCUUAUCGCCUUCUCAUGAAGAGGAUUUGCUAGCCCUGCGCCUUUUGCUAUUCCCGGAAAGGAAAGGCGAAGAGACAGAAGAAGAAACAAGCUUCACCGCUGAGCAGACAGAUUCCCCUCCAGUCUACGGUAGGUGGGAAGGCCUGGCUGCACAGAGCAGCAGGAAGCUGCUAAUAUCGUUGCUAAAGAAUAGUAAGGAACGCAGCAUGAGCUUACAACCUGGCGCGAUCAUAGGACGCUCACUCGCCCAAGCAACUCGUAGUAGACCUCAAGGAGCAGUAGGCCUCGAGCUGUCGACACAGUCCUCUCUGCUGGGGACAGCAGCCCUCCGUCUUCUUCAUUUAUCACUCAAGACAGCGAAGAUGCCACUGCGAAAUAUGAGGGAAAAACAGACCGGGCAGGUCACACAGUCGAAGGCAGCCACAUUGGUUGGACAAAAUUUUGAUGCGCGCGCUCUGCGCUCUUGCAUGGAGCAGCUCGAUGAGCUUGCAGUGAAGGUAGUUUGUUGUUUCAGCUGCAAAUCGACUAAGCUGGUUUCAUGGGGAGCCCGCUGUUUGUUAGAGUUAAUCUCCUUGCGCCUACCUCGACUUGAAAGCCGUGGUGCCCUGGUAGCUUACCUGACGAUGCGAAUUUUUCAUUCUUGCGGUAGCGGGAGCGGUGUGCAAGUAAAUUAUCAUUAUACGGCUCGUUCAGAGCUUCUUCCCAUCUGCACGAAGCUCCUGGCAACCUUGCUGCUACAGCCGCAGGCUUCUAAAUGGAUGGACACGGCGCUGAACCCGUCGCAACAUAUUGGUGGGGACAUACUGAGGUCCCUCUUGCGAGAGCAGCUCCGCAUACUGCCGUGGAGGCCUCAAGACCAGCAGCAGCGACGGCUGCACGAAGAGCAUCAGCCGCCACACAGGGAAUGGGCACUUACUGCAGCGCCUCAUGCAGAUGUCAGCUUUAGUGUGGACGCAGUCGUGACUGAGGAGCAGGUACAGGCUGCUGGACAAUUUUUUCUCAAGGAAGCUCUUCUCGCCCACAUUUCUUCUUCUUUAGAGGAUAGUCAAUUGCAGCUUUGUGCCCUCUUCCUCUUCAAACGUGUAGUAUUACAGCACUACAAAGACGUUGCAGGUGAGGCUGCUCGGCGGGCUUUGGAGGAGUCAAGGCAGGCAGCGGGGGAAAUGGACACAAAAUCUCUUCGCAAAAAUGCGCAGAAAAAGCGGCGGCGAGACGCUGAAGUUGCGGAGCGGGGAGACAAUUCGGCGGGGAAAGUCAAAACUGCAACAGUUGAGUUGUUGCCUCUUGUAUACGAGUGUGUUGAUCGCGUAGCAAGGGUCAUGGUGCAGCACGCGACCUCAUCAGGUAUCAGCCAGAAACUGUCAAACAUCUGUGCGGACGUUUAUGUUUCGUUCCUUCUCAAUUUUCCUAUGACUCCUAAGCUCCAGCAAAGGCGAGUUUUUUUUCUUCUUCAACAACAGAAGUUCUCCGACGUCUACGGCAGACGUGCAGCCAUUGGUGCCCUUCUGAAAGUAGUGCGACGAUUUCCUGCAGAGCUCUUUAUGGAGCGCUACGGGCAGGUAGCGGUUUUGACAUGCUGCUCAACACUGGCAACCGAGACGGACCAAGUUGCCCACAAGCUACUACAGCAAGUCGUAAGGGAGAUUCUGCAGCUAGUUGAAGUGGCGGAUGAUCCAACGUCACACCUCCAGGUCUAUCUCGAAACUGUAUCUAGGGUUUUCUUGCUUUCCCGAAUUCGGCACUUGAUGGCCCUUCUUGAGUUCCUGAGCGUCUUUGUGCCACAUAUUGGCAAAAGUAUAAGUCGAAAAUGCCUUGCUCACUUCAUGCCGGCAGUGCUGCAGCUUCUUUGCGCUGUGUUCCACACAGCCGCAGACGGUACUCAUGCUCCAGAUUCCUUGAUAGACUGGCGUUUACUAUACAAAAUAAUACAAGUGGUUGAACAAAUUUUUGCAGUUGGUGGUCUCCAUUUAAUGGAAAAUGCUUUCGGGAAGGCUGCGCAGAUCUGGCAGAAGUCCGGCACAGAGGGAUUGCGUAGACUGACUGCAGCAGGAGCAGAUAAUGCUGUGGAGAGGGACCCUAAGGUUCUUGAGAGGCGUGGAUUAGAGGAAUUCAUAACCACCUUCGACAUUUGGGUGCCACACAGUAGCGACCGACCAAAGAGCUCUAAAGCCACUCUCGAAGAUCAUCAACCCAAUCUGCCCCAGCAGCAAAUUGUUGCGGGGCUGCAUGCAGCGCAGCUCUGGAAGGAGCUGGCUGGAACGUGCUUACGGCAUGAAAACGCAUGGGUGCGCUGCGCGGCGCUGCGGUGUGUAGGCCAGUACUUGCUGCAAACGCCAUUUGCAGCUUGGCGUCGUGCUGUUGUUCCUUUGCUUGCCUUCCUUAAACUGGGGAGGAGCAGCCAGUGCGCGGAGCGACCCAGUCCUGCAAAUCAGACUAAUCCGUUGACGGAUUUGGGCUUGGCAUUAGCGAAGCACUUUGGCAAAGACAGCAUGCUAGAGAGACACCCAUCUGCUGUGCCUUUUGCGAUCGCUGCUCUCAUGGGUUGGGCCCAGCUUGCUUACAGCUCCCCUGAACUGAUACCGGUCAACAGUAAACCACGGAGAACUCAAACAGGUGUUUCAAAACGCGAGGAGGAAGUGGAUAGGCAAAAUUGCUCUGACGCUCUUUCAGAUUACCAUGUACAAAUGGCCGACUCAGAACCCCUCAAACGCAUCCGAAGUGCAGAGGCGUGUCCUGAGCAAGUACUGGAGUGUCCAUCAGCGGUUUGCGGCACCAUAGAUACAGCAGCAAAGGUCACAUGCUCUCCGAACGGCACAGAGCUUGCCUGCUCCCGGGGAGAAAGUGAUGAGGAACAGACAAGGAAUGAUGUUAAGGAAAAUGCACUUGAGACACUUGUCCCUCAUGGCGUCGUCUCAGAUCACGAAGAUCACGAGACACUGAAGGGAGAAUCAAAGAAAGAGAACUCGCUACCUGAUAGUGACGGUGAACAAGAGUUGGAGGAAGCGGAUACCGGCGAGACUGACGAAAUGGUAUUAAAUGAAAUGCAACUGGAAGCAUCGCGGGAUGACAAGGAGACGUCUGUUACAGCAGGACGGCCUGUCCCAUCGUUUCCUGUGCCGAUCAGUUCCUGGAAAACAUCCAAAUCUAAUAGUGGAGAGAUGGUUGCAGACCGCUGCCACGAAGCAGGCACACUGCAUCCUCUGGUGUUCCUUGUAUCUGGGCUCAGCCGUUGGCUUCGCAUACACUUGGGUCGGUUGGGUUACAGUGGUAACAGCUUACGGGAGGCAAAAAAUCCGCAAGGUACAGUAGUGCGCGUUGCAGGGAUUCUGACUUUCUUCGGCUCUCUGGUUAAGCUGCUGCCCCUCGCCGAGCUCCCUGAUGACUCCAACGCAGGAAAAUUAGCAGCAGCAAAGGGCGAAGUGGUUCACGAAGUGCUGCGGCAUGUUUUCGAUGUGGCGUACCGCUGUUCGACGCUCCACUCUGAACUCGUAGCGGACUCAGUGCUAGCGCAGCUGGUAGAAGUCGAAAUGGAAAGCAUGGAAGAGGGUGCUAAAGAGAAAACCGCAGGCGCCUAUCUGUCGAAGAACAACCAGAGUGUCUGGGAGUCACUUCGCUCGUUAGAUCCGUUAAGGCAGUUGGGUGAAGUUGCAACGGGAGGAUCGACAUUGCUGAGGAAGAUGGAGCGGCUCCUAAGGAGCGCCGGACACCAGGAAACAUACCGCAUACUGUUAACAAACACACGGCAGAACGUCUCCUCAAAGCGAGUGAUGCGGAAGCUUAAGGUACAGCAAAAGUUCCUAGAAAAUCCGCAGGCCUAUGCUCAGCGCAAGCGCCGAAGGAACAAAGCCAAAGUUCUCCAAAGAAAGACACGCCUGAGAGAGACCAUCUUCAGGCGUCGAGGGUACGUUAAACGAAAGCGGCGUGCAGAGUGA